AUGGACGACCCAUUGUUGAAAGACUUCAGCAACACGCAGUCAAGAUAUUUUACUUGUUGGACAUUUGCGAUUCAAGUUUUCUACGCAUUAAUUGGGCUCACAUGUGACAUAUUAACGCUGCUGAAUUCUGGUAAAAAAGAUUAUAAAUUACCUAAGCAUUUAAGAGGAUGCAGGGAUACGUUAUUCGCGGGUGUACUUUGGCCAUCAACGCUGCAACUAAUUAGCAACAAAUUAUUCGAUCUUAUUCACUGCGGUGGAGUUUAUUUAAAGUUUUUACUGCUAUCUUUACAUUAUGAUAUCAUUAUUGGUGCGACGGGCAUGGUUGCCGAGAGUGAAAUUUUAAAUCCUGCAAUCUCCAGAACAAGCAGUGACUCAGAAAAAACUGCAACUAGCUCCCCUGAGUCUUUUCAUUGGGAACUGAUUCCAGAAAUUCGACUUUUCAGGGAGGAAUUAUGUAGGGUCAGGAAGGAGCUAAAAGACUUUCGGAGGGAUAUGGUUGAACUACGGGAAUCUUUAGUGAUGAGUAAUAAGAGAAUGGAUGAAAUGGAGAGCAGGAUUAGUAUUCUAGAACAGAAGACUCAAAGCAACAGCUUUGAGUCUUCUGUUCUAGAAUACUAUAACAGUACUACACUUCAACACUGCACUAUGGCUGGAAGAAGAAAUCUUGAAAAAACUAAACCGGAAGAUGCUGUCAAAACACUUGAAAAAAAGUUUGAAGAGUGUAUGUCUUCUUUUCAAGCCCGGUUGGAAAGUUCUCAACCUAAUAUCACUUCUCUCACCAAUGAUUUUAUUAUGUUCAAAGAGACUAUGAAGACUGCGCUGGAGAUCUUAAAAAAGCAAGUUCAGUCCCUUACACUAUUGACUGAUGACAUUGACAACAGGAGCAGGCGUAAAUUUCUUUUAAUUCGAGGCAUUGAAGAGUCUGAUACAGAAAACUGCAUUGACACUGUUGUAAAUCUGUUGGUGUGUACAGUAUUCUGGUCCUUAUUUCUCUAUGAUAGAGAUUUAAUUCUCCCAGAAGUUUUCGACAAAGUGCUGAGCUGGACAUCAAACCAUGUUAUACAUACGGCUAUAGUUCCAGUCGUUUUAUGGGAAGUUGUUUUUCGACCAAGGAGCGAGCCAAAGUCACAUUUGAGGAAUGUGUUACACGUGUUGUUUCACAUUUUCUUAUACUUUCUAGUGUUAACAUACACAUACAUAGAGCGAGGCAUUUGGAUCUACCCUAUUCUUACGAAAACAUUUGCUACGAUUGUAAUGCACGUAUCGAACAUAUAUUUUAUGAUAAAAGGAAUAAAAAAGGAACACUAUGACGACCCAUAUUUGAAAGGCUUCAGAAAUCUGCAGUCAAGAUAUUUUACUUGUUGGACAUUUGUGAUUCAAAUUUUCUAUGCAUUAAUUGGGCUCACAUGUGACAUAUUAACGCUGCUGAAUUCUGGUAAAAAAGAUUAUAAAUUACCUAAACAUUUACGAGGCUGCAGGGAUACGUUAUUCGCAGGUGUACUUUGGCCAUCAACGUUGUUGGUGUCUACAGUAUUCUGGUCUCUAUUUCUCUAUGAUAGAGAUUUAAUUCUCCCAAAAGCUAUCGAUAAAGUGCUAAGCAAGACAUCAAACCAUGUUAUACAUACGGCUAUAGUUCCAGUCGUUUUAUGGGAAGUUGUGUUUCGACCAAGGACCGAGCCAAAGUCACAUUUGAGGAAUAUGUUACACGUUUUGUUUCACAUUUCCUUAUAUUUUCUAGUGUUAGCAUACACAUACAGAGAGCGGGGCAUUUGGAUCUAUCCUAUUUUUACGAAAACAUUUGGUACUAUUUAUUUCCCCAUAAUUUUAGCCAUUUUAUUAUCUUUAAAAAUAUUUUUUUACUUUUUGCAAUGGCAGUUAAAUUAUCUUUUACAUGGAAGAAAAAUGAUUAGUAAGAAAACACUUUGA